AUGGCUUGCCGGAGAGGCUGCUGCUCCCGCGCGAUGAACGAGGAUAACGCGCGGUUCCUGAUGCUGGCGGUGCUGAUCAUGCUGUAUCUGCUGUGCGGCGCGGCGGUGUUCUCCGCGUUGGAGCAACCGAAGGAGCGGCAGGCCAAAGAGCGGUGGGCGCAGCGCAUCGAGAGCUUCACCCAGAAGCACAACCUCACCCGGACCGAUUUGGAGACCUUUCUCCGGUUCUACGAGGAGGCGAACGUCGCCGGUAUCCGCGUGGAUACACUCAGACCUCGCUGGGAUUUUACCGGCGCCUUUUACUUCGUGGGGACCGUUGUGUCGACCAUAGGAUUUGGCAUGACCACCCCGGCCACGGUCAGCGGCAAAGUCUUCCUCAUCUUCUACGGCCUGAUCGGCUGCGCCUCCACCAUCCUCUUCUUCAACCUCUUCCUGGAGCGCAUCAUCACGGUGCUCGCCUUCGUCCUCAAGUCCUGCCAUGAGCUGCAGCGCCGGCGCCAGGGCGUCAUGCCCCGCGAUGGCCACAGGAAGGCGCCACCGCCAGGACCCAGAGAUAGAGACAGGGACAUUCUGGCUGGAUGGAAGCCUUCAGUGUACUACGUGAUGCUAAUUCUCUGUGUGGCCGCUGUGGUGAUCUCCUGCUGUGCCUCGGCCAUGUAUUCGGCGGCGGAGGGCUGGGGAUAUCUGGACUCGCUGUACUUCUGUUUUGUGGCGUUUAGCACCAUCGGGUUUGGGGACAUGGUGAGCAGCCAGAGGGUUGCAUACGAUGGGAACCAGACAACCUACAGACUGGGGAACUUCCUGUUUAUAUUGAUGGGUGUCUGCUGUAUCUACUCGCUGUUCAACGUCAUAUCCAUCGUCAUCAAGCAGACUCUUAACUGGCUGCUGAGAAAACUGGGUAUUCUCUGCUGCCGAGGCUGCUGCCGCUGCUCCGCCGGGAUCGGGAAGAGACUCCGGCCACGGCGGAACGCCGUGAUGCCCAGCAGCACUGGACACGGACACCGGCGGGCGCGGCGGACUGUCUCCAUAGAAACGGACGCGGUGAACGAGAGCGAGACGGAUGGAGGGCGGCGGAUGUCGGGGGAGAUGAUCUCCAUGAGGGACUUACAGGCGACCAAUAAGGUGAACCUCGCACUGAUGCAGAAGCAGCUGUCGGAGGCAGCAAAUAAUGGGAUCCCUCGGCCGUCCGGCUCCAACCAAAACAGACUAAAUGGAUUUUCUGGAGGAGUGGGGGCGCUGGGCAUCAUGAACAACAGGCUGGCUGAGACCAGUGUCGACAGAUGACUGACUAUUACAAUAAUAACUUCAUUUGUAUAGCGCCUUUCAAUACAAGUAAC